UAUCCUCCAACCAAGAUGAUAUCGAAAGACAUAAUUUUGGAAUUUGUAGCCUUGACGUUAGUUUUUCUUGCUGCUCUAUUUGGCAAUGUAACAUUAUUUUAUGUUGUUGGAACCAAUCGUAAUCUUCGUACAAGAGGAAAUGUAUUUAUACUUAAUCUUGCUGCUGCAGAUUUGUUAGUUGCUGUAGUAAAUCUUCCAAUAACUAUGACCACAGUCUUGGCUGAUAAAUGGAUUCUUGGUAAAACAGUUUGUCAGAUAUCUGGAUUCAUUACUUUACUCACAUUUGUUGCUUCAUGCAUGGCAUUGUCUAUGAUCAAUAUCAAUCGCUAUCAUGCAAUAAUGCAAUGGCAAUCCUACAAAAAAACUUACACGAAAAGAAAAUGUUUACUAUACGUUGGCAUUACUUGGGCCAUAACAAUCGUAUUGUCAAUUCCGCCAUUUUUUGGUUGGGCGAGAUUCGACUAUGAUCCAGGACAGAGUUAUUGUUUUGCUGAAUGGAAGGCAAGUAAAUCGUACACGAUCUUUAUGAUUGCAGCUUGUCUAUGUGGUCCGUUGUCUAUAAUGACUUACUGUUAUGUGAGAAUAAAUCUGUACGACAAGAAGUUUGCUUUGGGAAUCACUUCGUCGCCAAACGAAAGUGAAAACACAAGAAAUACAGAUCCAAUAGCAUGCUUUAAGAAGAGAAAGAAAAGGUUGACAAGAACAAUUUUAACUUUGAUUUUCGUUUUUGGAGUUUGUUGGUCGCCAUUUGCGCUUAUCAUGAUAGCCCAGGUUUUCUUCAAUGCGCAUGUACCACGUUACGUUGAUUUUGGCUCGCUUGUUCUUGGAUAUUUAAACAGUUUUUUAAAUGUCAUUGUUUAUAAUGCAACAAACAGAAAAAUCAGGGAAAAGUUCAAACAAGCACUUCAAAUAGCAAUAUGCAAAAAACCGCGAGUCAAAUACCGGAUUGACCCGAGCUCUUUAUCAACAGGACAAUUCUUGUAACAUGAUUAUAAAGUUCUUUUAAACGACUUCUUGGAAGCUGCGACGAUCUAUGAGACUAACAAUGGAGUAAGAUGAUUAACUUAUAGACACUGUGCAAUUUUGAUAUUCUUUGUAGUAAGUACUAAUGUCAUAAUAUAGCCCGAUAUAAUAUAAAUCUAUUUAACUAAUUUUCCACAAAUUUGGUGUAUAUUAUUUCAGAUUGCCCAAAUGCUUUUGAGCUUGCUAGUUGUAUUUUUUCUUUGCAUUCGACAUUAAACCCAUCUCUGAUAACAUUUACUUCAUUAAGAUUACUUCAUCAUCAAUUAAUCGAUGAUGAACUGUUUUAGAAUAGCGUUUUCUUCUCAUAAUCUUUAGAAUUAAAAGAUAGUAGUAAAAAUA